CAUCCUCCACUUUACCUAGAGCUCAACACAUAUACAAUCAAACAUCUCAAUUGAGGUAGCUAGUUUUUAAAUUAUUGGUUGAUCUAGACUCUACUAGUGAUGAAGACACAAUAAGGAUGAUCAUGAUUCCAUGUCUUUCUAAGGGAUUGUUUAUGGUACAUCAAAUCAUAUGGUUGCGUCAUUUUUGUUGGUUUGGGUAUAAGACCCGGAUCAUGUUUGUGAGUAUUGUGAUGUUGUGCUCUAUACCAGAUAAGCAAAUAGAAGAGUACAAGGUAUUUCAAGAUGUUGCAGCUUUAAACAAAAUAGAGAGCUUCGGGACAUGUUCUGAGGAUGAAGAGGUGACCGAUAUAUUUUUACAACUCAGUGCACAAUCUUGCAAAGAUGUUGAAGGUGAAGAUAAAAAUGAUGUGCCAGGAUGUCAAAUGUCAUAGUAUGCAAGACCCGAUGCCGAAAAGAAAAUCAAGCUAAAUUGAUAUACAAUGAUGUUUUCAGAAAUAUAUUGACGAGAUAAUUGAAUUGUGGAUUUCAAUUAGGAUUCAAUCACAUGAUGUAAUUAAUGACAUGUUUGCACUUUAA